ACACAGAAAAUAAUUUGUAUGGUGGUUAUAGGCUUAGCUCCAUUCAUAUUUUAUUGCAGCAAACAAAAACAAAAGGCCACAGAGACGAAAGAGACAGAGAGAGAGAGACAUUAGGGUUUAGUAUUAGGUUUUAGAGAUGGGGUUUAUAGAUCUACCAACUGGUUGUUAAGAACAGAAGCUCCUUAAACUUAAUUUUAUUCUUUAAACGUUUUUUUUUUUUUUUGUUAUCUUUAACCAAAAGACUUUACUCCAAGAAACAAGAAGAAGCAAGUUCAAGAACCAACCAGCUUUAAAGAGAUCAUCCAUUAUCUUCUACUCUACCUCAAAAAGGGAAACUUAGAAGCUCUUGAAUCUUUUUGGUGGAGUUUGAGAUUUCAUAGUGUGUCUCCUUUAACACCCACAAGCCAGCUUAUGGUUUCCUGAACAAUCCUUGUUUGAUGGUGAUGAUCUGAUAUCAUAAGAAGAAGGAGACAAUGGCAACUUAUUACAGAAGUGGCUCAAGUGAGAUUUAUUCCAGACCAGAAUAUGCUCCUGGAAACGCAAUGAUCUACACAAAUUCUUUCUCAGAGACGUUUCCUAGAGAAUCAACUAACAAUGAUGUCUCACCUUCAAAAGAGAUUCAAGUAGUGUCAAGUUUUGGUGGAGCUUCACAAAUGGUGGAGGUUCAAGAUUCUGGUUCUUGGAGAGAUCAAGAAGACAAUGACAGGAGUUGUUUCCCAGUGAUGAUGCGUCUUGGUCUCAGCUCGCAGAUUGAGACAUCCAGAAGCAAUAAUAAUAACAACGAGUAUGCAACACAGGUUGCUUCAGGCUUUACUCGAACCAUUCACAACUCAAAGUAUCUCAAGGCUGCUCAACAGCUUCUUGAUGAAGCUGUUAAUGUUAAGAAAGCUCUGAAGCAGUUUCAGCCAGAGGGAGACAAGAUUAGUGAAGAAAAAGAGAAGAUUCUUCAGACGAAUAUUGCUGAAAUCCCUCAAGCAGAGAGACAAGAACUGCAGAGCAAGUUGUCGAAACUUCUUUCGAUAUUAGACGAGGUGGAUAGAAAAUACAAGCAGUAUUACCAUCAGAUGCAGAUAGUUGUGUCGUCUUUCGAUGUAAUAGCUGGAUGUGGAGCAGCCAAACCGUACACGGCCCUCGCGCUUCAGACCAUCUCAAGGCAUUUCCGUUGCUUAAGGGAUGCGAUAUCCGGACAAAUCUUGGUGAUAAGGAAAAGUUUAGGAGGGGAACAUGAUGGAUCAGAUGGGAGAGGAGUAGGGAUAAGCAGAUUAAGGAAUGUUGAUCAACAGGUAAGGCAACAAAGAGCAUUGCAGCGGUUAGGUGUGAUGCAACCUCACACUUGGCGGCCUCAACGCGGUUUACCUGAUUCCUCUGUUUUGGUUCUCCGUGCUUGGCUAUUCGAGCAUUUCCUCCACCCUUAUCCAAAGGAUUCAGACAAGAUCAUGCUCGCUAGACAAACGGGGUUGAGCCGAGGCCAGGUGUCGAACUGGUUCAUAAAUGCGCGUGUGCGUCUGUGGAAACCAAUGGUGGAGGAGAUGUACAAGGAGGAAUUCACAGAAGCAUUGGAGGAGAAUGAUCCCAACCUGUCUUCUGAAAACACACCAGAGAUCACCGAGAUUCAAGAGCAGCAAACUGAGUCUAGUUCCAACAACGGCCAUGCAUCUGGUGUGGCAAGCAGCAGCAUGGGACAAAGCACGGUGGCUCCUGGUGGUGACAGGUUCAUGAUGGUGACUGACAUGACAAGGAAUGGUAGUGGUGGGAUGUCUUUAACGUUGGGGAUUCAAAAUUCCGACGCACGUGGCGAUGUUCCUAUGUCUGGUGGGAUAGAUAAUUACGAGAAUAACAUCUCCGGAACCAAUUUCCAGUACUUAAACUCUCGCAACCACCAGCACCGGCUUGGCUCUUCAAAUUUGUUGCAUGACUUUGUAGCUUGAUGAGGAGAAUAGAAAGGUGUAGAAAUGUAUUCUUUUGUGAAGAUUAAUUAUAAAGUCAGAGGCCAAUACAGGCAUAUGAGAUAAAAGGUUUGACAUUGAAACGAAGCUUGAAGCU